AUGGGGACCAUUACCAAACCCCACAUCGCAUUUAUUCAAAAGAGCUUUGAUCCCGACCCGCAGCUGUCUGAGAACGAUGAAAGCGAUCUAUGGGGGGACCUUGAGGAUUGCUGCGAGUCUGAGGAACAGUACGUCCCCCAAUCCGCGAACAGCAAAGGCAUGUUGUAUCCGAUUUGUAUCGGAGAUAUCAUCCACUAUCCCGAAGGUCGCUAUCAGAUCGUUCAUCGUCUUGGGAAAGGCGCAUACUCUGUUGUUUGGUUAGCCCGGUAUUUAAAGCGCAACAUAUGCGUUGCUUUCAAAGUCAUGGUCUCUGGGUCCAUAGGUGAGAAAGAGUUCUUGAAUCAGCAUAUGCUUAAGAAAGCGCUGCAUCUGGACAUAUCUCGCCUCAACCUGUACAUGGACACUUUUCUUCUACCCUCCCCCUAUGACGCCACUGCAAAGCCGCCAACAAUCUUUCAUCGUGUUCUUAUCCUGCCACUGGAGGGUCCGAGCUUAAGUGAAGGACUUGUUCAAUUUGACAGGUCACUAAGAUCCCACUUCGGAAUACUCCUUCCGGCCGAUAAGACGACAGUCCAAUACAAGCUGCAAGGAACACCGGAAUAUCUGGCGCCCGAACGCUUCCACGGCCACGAUCCAAGUCCUGCGAGCGAUAUGUGGAGCUUUAUGGUCAUAUUUGUUUACCUCUAUCUGGGUAAAAUGGCGUUUCCAAACGUAUCCCUUGUUGGCGGCAGUCCGGAGGUGUACUUGUACAGCAUAUGGGAGAACCUCGGCCCGCUCCCUGCCAAGUGGAAGACGCCCACGACGCCCGAGUACGGUAUAACUUACGCAUCACAACCUGAAGACCUCGGACCGGACCCACCGAAGAGCAGGUUGCCAAGCAGGCUGCGCGAGGAUUGGACCCAAGCUGUUACGACUCGCUUCGAAAAGUAUACCGCAAUGGCAAAGACCGGUGAAGACGCAGAGGUGGCUAGGACUGCGAAGAGGCUGAAAGAGGAGCUCAGGGUAAAGAAGAAAGCAGAGACACAUACUCUCAAGCUCAUACACAGUGUUUUCCGCUAUGAGCCUGGCCAUCGUCUAACGGCAGAACAGCUGCUGACUGAUCCUGACUGGAUCAAGCUAAUGAAACUUUGUAACGUUUAA